AUGGACGCCCACCUCGCCUCGGCCUCUCGCCAUCCCCUCCUCUUCACCACCCCGUCGCCGGGCUUUUCCCAAGGCCGGCCCGACAAAGCUCGCCGCCUCUCCGUCAACCUCACGUCGACGACCAACCCGGUGUCCGUCGCCGCCGAGUCGGCCGCCCUCGCCUACGGCGUCCAGCUUCCCCCGACGCCUCUCUCGCCCGUCGCCGCCUCCGCAUUCGGCCUGACGGCCGCCGCACCCGACGACGAGCCCAUGGCCGACGCCUUUGCGACGCCGCCGCAGGCGUCGAGGUCGAGCGCGUCGAUGGCGCCGAGCGGCAGCGGCGUCCGUGCGACGCUCAGCCCGCUCCUCCUCGACUCGUCGCCGUCCGACGGCCGCCUGCCGUCCAAGAAGCUCAAGGGCGCCGCCAAGCUCCUGCACUCGCCCACCGGCGACGCCAUGCCGCCGACGCCGCCGCUCACGCCGCGCCACAACCUGUACCCGGCCGGCGGCGUCGAGCUGCCGCACUCGCCGUCGCCGCCGCCUCGCCCGGCCACCAUCUCGGCGCGCGCGCUCCAGUUCCACGCCCUGCACCCGCUGUUCGCGUCGACGUACUCGCUCUGCGAGGAGCUCGGCUCGGGCGGGUUCGGGUUCGUCGUGCGCGCCGAGCGCACUCACGACGGCGCGCCGGUCGCCGUCAAGUUUAUCGAGCGCGCAAAGAUCCCGUCGCACGGGUGGGUCAAGUCGCGCUCGUGGGGCGACACGCCCGGCCUGACGCAGCCGUCGGGCCCAAAGCUCGUCCCGAUGGAGGCGUUCGUCCUGAGGAGCAUCCGCCACGAGGGCGUCGUCGCCUUUAUCGACCUGUUCGAGGACGACAAGUACUUCUACCUCGUCAUGGAGCACCACGGCUCGCCCUGGCAGAUCCCCGACAAGGAGGCGCCCGCGGCCGAGACGUCGUCAUCGUUGGGCCUCUCGUCGUCGGCCAUGGCGCCGACCCUCACGUCGAGCUGGCCUCGCGUCGCGCCCGGCCAGCAGCGCGUCGUGACGCCGACCUCGUCGCCGACGAUGCCGACGCCGCUCGUCCUCAACCCGGUGUCGCCGUCGCCCAACCUGCUCGCGCCACCUCGACCGGCGCCGAUGGAGCGCCGCAGCUCGUGCGACCUGUUCGAGUGCAUCGAGCAGUACCGCCGCUUUGACGAGGCGACGGCCAAGUACGUCUUUGCGCAGAUCGUCGAGAUCGUCUACUCGCUCGGCCUCAUGGGGAUCUGCCACCGCGACCUCAAGGACGAGAACCUCGCGAUCGACAACCAGUUCCGCGUCAAGCUCAUCGACUUUGGCUCGGCCGUCAUCUUUGACCCGCGCCAGCCCUCGCCGUUGUACCAGCGGUUCCAGGGCACCAAGUCGUUCGCGAGCGCCGAGAUCCUCCGAGGCGACCUGCACCAGGCGCCGCCGUCCGAGGUGUGGUCGCUCGGCGUCCUCCUGUCGAUCCUCGUCACGGGCGAGUGCCCGUUCGUCGACGCCGAGGCGGCCAAAGCCGGCGUGCUGUCGCGCCCCAAAGUCCGCCUCAACCCCGAGGUCGAGCACCUCAUGCACGCCUGCCUCGAGCUGCGCCGCCAGGUGACGUCGAUCCCGUGGGCGCCGUUCCAGCUGCACGCCGUCGUCCUCGCCGUCUUUGCGUCGCUCGUCGCACCGUUUGGCGGGUUUUUCGCGUCGGGCUUCAAGCGCGCGUUCAACAUCAAGGACUUUGGCGACUCGAUCCCGGGUCACGGCGGCAUGACGGACCGCAUGGAUUGCCAGUUCCUCACGGGCAUGUUCGUGUUCGUGUACCAUUCGGCCCUGAUUCGCGACUCGCACUACACGGUCGGCUCGGUCCUCGCUACGGCCGUGUCGCACUUGUCGACCGAGCAGCAGAUCGAGCUCGUCGCCGCCCUCCAGCAGGCCAUCCGCAGCCAGAUGUGAGGCGCUCGAGGUGGAGGAGAGGAAGCGCGACGCAGCAGGCAUACCAUCUCGACAGCUCCUGAAAAUAAAUGCAUCGUUGUCU